UUAAUGUAGUAAAUGUCCGAUCGAUAGAGCAUCGCUGUUGAAGUUUUCGAGGGUUUUUUCACUCCCUUGUGAAAGGCCAUGGCGGUGGAAGCGCGGCCGGAGCUGGUUGGGAAGCGGUUCCUGUGUGUAAGCGGAGAGGAGCUGCUUGAGCUCGGGGAGAUCGGGCACUGGGCAUGGCGAGCCGGGGUCAUCCGUGCAGUCAGCCACCGCGACAACGACAAUCCAGAGCUGACGGUUUAUGUGGAGUUUGAUGACCUUGAGUGGGAGAAACGCGAAUGGGUCAAGGUGUAUGAAGACUUCCAAAUCUUUCUGCUGGAACAUCAGCUCGUAUGGGCCAAGAGAAAAGAAGGCAUCCAGCUGCAGGGAACAAAAGCCAAGCAGAUCCAGUGGCCAGCUCUGACGUUCAAGCCGCUGGUGGGGAAGACGGUGCUAGGCUCCAUCACGGCGGUGGAGUUCUUCUCUGACAGGCAGCUGGAUUUCCUGAGCGAUGACGGAGCCUAUCAGCCCUAUCAGGAUGAAGUGGACAGCUUGAGUCCUGUUCUCAGGGACAAUCCACAGCUUCAUGAAGAAGUAAAAGCCUGGGUAAAGAAUCAAAAGGUUCAGGAAAUUUUUAUGCAAGGUCCCUAUUCAUUAAAUGGCUACCGAGUGCGAGUUUACAGGCAAGACUCAGCCACACAGUGGUUUACAGGGAUCAUCACCCAUCACGAUCUCUUCAGCCGCACUAUGGUUGUCAUGAACGACCAGGUACUAGAGCCCCAGAAUGUUGACCCCUCUAUGGUACAGAUGACCUUUUUAGAUGAUGUGGUCCACUCUUUACUGAAAGGAGAGAACAUAGGCAUUACGUCCAGACGCAGGUCCCGCUCCAGUCAGAACAGCAACACUGCCCAUCAGACCACAGGAGGGAGACCAAGCGGCACUACAGGAAGCACUCAGGGUCAUUACACACGCGCCCAGGCCAACAGCCCCAGACCUGUCAUGAACUCAUCUGGCUCUACUCCGAAGCAGGUGGCCCAGGGCCAGCAGCAGGGCCAAUCCCAGCAUGCUCAGCAGCAGCUAUCCCAGCAGCACCAGCAGCAGCAGCAGCAACAGCAACAGCAGCAGGCGUCGCCAGGGCAACAGCGCGGCUCCCGCUCCUCACGUAGGAAGGGCUCAGAUAGCAGCGUUCCCGACGACGAAAAGAUCAAAGAAGAGAGACUGGACAGCAGUGGAGGGAGAGGAGACUUUUCUAAAAACAAAAGCAAGCAGAUGAUGAACAAACGGAGGAAAGCUGACGACGAGGAGAAAAAGGGCGGACUGAAGAGGCUGAAAACAGAAGCCUCAGACUUUUCAGAGAGCAGCGACUCCGAGAACUCCAACAAGAGAAGCAUGGACUCAUCCUCAGAGCACAACUCUGAGAAUGAGUUGAAAGGAAAGAGCACUUCAAAAGCCAGUGAGGAGGAGGAGAAAUCCCAGGGAUCCAAGGGAGGUGUGGAGCCUGCUCUAAUCGGCAGGCUGUCUCCCUGGGAGGAAAUGCAGGCAACUGAUAAAAGCAGUAAGACGGCUGCGGAGGUGCCGCAGUCCGCAGAGAGCGACAGGCCGGGGGAGAGGUCACCUCUGCAGCCCGCUCCGUUGCCUCCCACCCCCUGCACACAGAGCUCUAGUGCUGCUGAGGUCCAGGGCUGCAUUGUGGAGAUGAAAAGCACUGUGAAAACUCUGCCCAAGGACCAUUACAGCACAGGGGCACCCAGAAGCCACACCCCUAAAUGUGUGAUUGACAUCACGGAGGAUGCCAGUACACACCCCAGCUCCAGGGAAAGCUCGGAAGCCGUGUCUGCCUUGCUGGCGUCUCAGAAAUGCGAGGCCUACAUCCCCGAGCCUAGGCAUUUGGUGCUAAACCCCUCUGCCUUGGACUGCAGGAAGCCACCAGAGAGUGAGCAGCAGAUGGCUCGAAGCCUUGGCAGUAAAAUUGAGUUUGCUCACUCAGAAGUCAUAAGACCGGUUACAUCUGUCAGUGAAUCGGCUGCGGUGGCAGAGAGAGAGAAGGUGCAGCAGCAGUACGCCUCCAUUGUGCCCUGCAUUAAGAAUGCCUCCCUUGCCGAGGACAUCAGGAAACCCCACAAACUUAGCCCUUCGCCAGAUGUCGCCAAGUCCAAGUCAAACCCUUCUCCCGACAUCCUCAAGCCUAAGUGCAAUCCUUCACCAGAUGUUAUGAAGUCUAAAACCCACAGUGUUCUGGAAUCAUCCAAACCUAAACCAAAUACAUCACCUGAGGUAUCCAAACACAAAGCACGACAUCCAGACAACCCCUCUCCACAGACAGGCCGCUCUGUGGCUAAAGCAGAGUCUGAUGCUCCCCGCUCCAGCUUCAAACCGGUGCAGGCCAGAGGGACACCGUCAGAAUCCAACAAAAGUCCCCUUAUUAUCGACAAGAACGAGCAUUUCACAGUGUAUCGCGACCCUGCUCUGGUUCGUCCCGAAACGGAAACCAACCACGUGACUUACCUGCACCCUCACCUUCACCCACUUCACGGUUCUUCCCACGCUACCUGCCUGACGCCUAGCUCCCACCACCCCUCUCAUCUCCUCCCUGCCUCCUCCCACCCCUCUGUACAUCACCCACACCUGCUGCCCACUGUGCUGCCAGGUAUGCCCCCGACCUCCCUGCUGGGUGGCCACCCGCGACUGGACUCAGGCGGUCUUGGCCACCUGGGGUUGGCCCACCACCAUCCUCACCAGCAGCAGCAGUUCCUACAACAGCAGCCACCCCCACUUCUGCCUCAGCCCCAUGGAGGAACCUCAUACAACCAGUUGGGCCUCUACCCUAUCAUUUGGCAAUACCCCAAUGGCACCCAUUCCUACCCGCCCGGCCUAGGCUUGCCUGCAUCCAAAUGGGUGCAUCCAGAUAACGCUGUCAACUCUGAUACCACUCUGAGGAGGAACACCCCGAGCCCUUGGCUCCACCAGCACACCCCUGCGACCUCUGCAGAUGGCCUUGGGAUCCUAAGCCACAUCCCUGGAAGGCCCGCUAGUGCUGAUCCCCACCGGCCCAUCAAGAUCAGCACCCACUCCAGCCCGCCACUGUCCAAAACCUCUGGGGAGUUGAACAAGGAAGAGAUUGAGAAGAAGGUAUUUGUGGAUCCGAUUCGUAGCCUACCGCUGACUCACCUGAAACAGGAACAGGACCGCAGCCGGACCCCCAACAACAAAGAACUGCACCGGCUCUACAUGGAGUCACCACAUAGCAAACAGUCCCGUGUACCACAGGAGAGCGGCGACCGUUCCAGCAAGUACAAGGAGGAGAACCGCCGUAUCCUGCAGGAGAGCAUCGAGGUGGCCCCUUUUACCGCUAAGAUCCGCUCAGGUGAACACGACAGGGAGGGCUACCCACGCAUUCCUUCCUUGCCUGCCAACACCCCUCCUAAGAGCUUGCAACCGGACAAGGAUGCCGAUCAUCCAGCAGCGGAGCUAUACAAGUACAAGCAUCCCGUACCCCAGUCUUUGCCACAGAGCAACUAUUUCACCACCAUCUCCAAUAGCGUAGUGAACGAACCACCCCGCCUCUAUCCCUCAAAAGAGUUCAACUCUUACUUUGAAAAGGUCCACGGAGGCACUCAGUCUGCGGUCUCAAGUCCUCUGUCUCUUAGUUCGUACAGUAGUAGUAGCAGCAGCAGCAGCAACAAAUCCUUGUCAAAGCCUCCUCCACUCAUCAAGCACCAACCUGAAGGUGAGGGCCUGGUGGGUAAGAUCACAGAGCAGCUUAGCCAGCAUGUGGCCAUGCACCCACUCAGUACGUCAGCCAACGAGCGCCGUAGCCCAGCCAUCUCACCCUCCAGCCAGCUCAGGUGCAUGCCAGCUCUACACAGGGCACCUGUCUUUCAUCCACCUACUCAGCAGACCCUUGACCGCAAGGAAGGGGGUUACGGUAGACUCUCUCCACCCACGCUUACCCCCAUCCAGCCAGUUAGCUCGGCAGGGAAAGCGUCGGAACAGCAGAAGCCCCCUACCCUCCUACCGGAGUACAGGGAUGCAAAAAGUGGUAUGGAGCUUGGUACGGCUGAGGUGUGGCGAGCUUCUGGCAAUUCGCAAAGCCAUGAGAAAAUGGCAUGGCACUCUGAGAAAAGCCGAGGCAAGCCACAGGCAGCCACAGCAUCUGUUAUUGUGCGCCCAUCAACAUGCAUAAAGUAUGAUGGCUCAUCAGGCCUGAAGCCUGCCAACAAAGAGCCACCCAGCAGCAGACUGUUUGUGGGCAAGUCUCAGACAGACUGCCUCAAAAUUGGUGAGGGCAGGGAACCUGGAAGAGUAAUACAGCCAAAUACAAACUUGGAUGAUGCCUGCAUGCAAUACAAGAGGAACUUUAUCAGAACGCCGCAGGUUGGCAUUCCCAGUUCAGUGGUAGCUGUAGCCAAUUCUGUGUGCAAUGCCAGGACUGAUGCUACCACUUCUGCAUCCACCACAACCUUUAGCAUUUUGAGUCGAGGUGGAGCAGAGUUGUCUUACUCUUCAUCAACCAGCAGCAGCAGCAGCAGCAGCAGCAGCAGCAGCAGGACUGACAGUUCGACUCCAAAAAAUAGGGCUCCUCCAACGGCGGAACUACAGGAGGGGGGAUCCAGGACCACCUCUCCUAGCACACUCACUCAACCCAGCUCAACCAACACUGCACAGGCCUACUCUGGGAACUUCAUCCAUCUGAAGAAGCACAAGGCGGCGUUGGCUGCCGCACAGUCUAGAGGCUCCAGCAGCAGUGCCUCUGAGAGCGAGUCAGGGAACGUUAAAGCCCUUCGCGGUUCACCCACCUUCAGCCAGGACAACUCGGUGGCCAGCAGCACUGCAAGUAAAGCCAGUCCCCUGCCCAACGGGCAGCCAGCACAGCUGAGCCAGCCCAAUUACCACAAGCUGAAGAAAGCCUGGCUCACUCGCCACUCAGAGGAGGACAGGAACACUAACAAAGCUGAGAAAUCGGGCAGCGCCGUGUCAGAAAUCAUUAAGCCAUGCACCGUUAGCCUAAUCGCAUCUACGUCAAGCGAUGUAGAGAUGAGCAAGGAGAGCAAAGGGCAGGAGGACAAGACGACACAGGAGGACAGAAGGACACGACGAGGUUCCAAGAGAACGUACGAGUCCGGCUCGGACAGCGGGGAUGACUCAGACGCCAGUGACAGUAAGCUGGAACAGCGGGUCAAGCGGCAGCCCAAACCCACCUAUAAGAAAAAACAGAACGACAUGCAAAAGAGGAAGGGUGACAAUGAGAAGGAGGAAGAUGAAGUUAAACCAAAUGGUAUUUUUAGAAGCGCCAGGGAAAAAACCAAGCUCAAACUGGCAAGCAGCAAUGGCAUCCCUCGCUCGGUGCUGAAGGACUGGCGUAAGGUAAAGAAGCUGAAGCAGACGGGCGAGUCUUUUCUCCAGGACGACUCGUGCUCUGAAAUCGGUCCCAACCUCCAGAAGUGUCGGGAGUGCCGUUCGGUUCGCACUAAGAAAGGAGAGGAGCCGGCACACUCGCCCGUCUUCUGUCGCUUCUACUACUUCCGCCGCCUAUCCUACAGCAAGAAUGGAGUGAUUCGGAUAGAUGGCUUCUCCUCCCCUGAUCAGUAUGAUGAGGAGGCUCUGAGCUUGUGGGCUCCAGACAUUUAUGAGGAGAACGAAUUGGACUUGGAGACCUCCAAAUACAUCCUUAGCUACAUAGGAGACAAGUUCUGCCAACUGGUCAUGACUGAGAAUACAGCUGCAACAUGGAUUAAAAAAGAUGCCAAGAUAGCCUGGAAGCGAGCGGUGAGGGGAGUGAGGGAGAGUUGCGACGCAUGUGAAGCCACACUGUUUAACAUUCACUGGGUCUGCCAAAAAUGUGGAUUUGUGGUGUGUUUGGACUGUUACAAGGCAAAGGAAAGGAAAAGCUCCAAAGACAAAGAACUGUACGCCUGGCUGAAGUGCGUCAAAGGACAGCCGCACGAUCACAAACACUUGAUGCCAACACAGAUUAUUCCAGGAACUGUUUUGACAGACCUUGUGAACGCCAUGCACGUAAUCCGGGACAAGUAUGGCAUUAAGUCGCACUGCGCUUGUACUGGGAAACAGAACUCCUUAAUAAACAAACUCCCAUCCACCAAUGGUGUAUCCCAGGUAUUGCAGAAUGUGCUUAACCACAGCAAUAAAAUCUCACUGUGUAAGCCCGAAGGACAGCAGCCGAACCCAACUCAAAAGGUCGAGGCCAACGGAGGCAGCAGUCCCGCCAGCGACACCAGCACCGACAGCAAGCUCACGCCGCCCGAGUCCCAGUCCUCGUUGCACUUUCUCGCCGAAUUGGCCGACCAGAAGUCCAGGGAGGAGAAGAAAGAGAAUAAGGAGGCUCCUUUGGGGAAGCAGCUGAAAGAGGAGAAGGAGCAUGGAGAUGCCCUAGAGGCUCUGCACUGUAAGGCCUCCUCGUUGGUUUCCAACAGCACCGAACAAGGGUCUACGCUCAGAGACCUCCUCACAACCACCGCUGGCAAACUGCGCCUGGGCUCCACCGACGCUGGCAUCGCCUUCGCUCCAGUCUACUCAACUGCAUCUCAGACGGGUAAAAGUGGCCGGACUAUGCCCAACAUCCUGGACGACAUCAUCGCGUCCGUGGUGGAGAACAAGAUCCCGGCGAGUCGUGGUGCUAAACUGAGCCUUAAACACGAACCCAUAGAGGAGCCCAAAAUGGAGAGGAAGAAGCCUGCGGAGGAGACGCCAAAGCUCCACUCAGACAUCCCACACUGCUGGCUGUACGAGCGCAGACUUCUCUGGCUCAAAGACCACCGCAACCCCAACAACUGGAAAGUCUUCAGAGAAUGCUGGAAACAGGGGCAGCCUGUGCUUGUGUCAGGAGUGCAUAAGAAACUCAAUGCCAGCCUCUGGAAAGCUGAGUCUUUCAACCAGGAGUUUGCCGACCACCAGGGAGACCUCUUAAAUUGCAAAGAUGGUGUGGUAUCCAACUCUGGAAUCAAAGAAUUCUGGGACGGCUUUGAAGACCUGACAAAACGGCCCAAAUCUAAAGAUGGAGAUCCAAUGGUUUACAGACUGAAGGACUGGCCAUCAGGGGAAGAGUUCAUGGCCCUCAUGCCCUCUAGAUAUGAUGAUCUAAUGAAGAACCUGCCCCUACCAGAGUACACAGACCCUGAGGGCAACCUCAACCUGGCCUCCCAUCUGCCCUCCUUUUUUGUCCGGCCUGACCUGGGCCCGCGCCUGUGCUGUGCAUAUGGGGUGGCCGCCUCUCAGGAACAGGACUUUGGAACCGCUAACCUUCACACGGAAGUGUCGGACAUAGUCAGCGUGCUCGUUUACGUGGGUGUGGCCAAAGGAAACGGCGUUCUCUCCAAAACAGGAGUGCUGAAAAGGCUCGAAGAGGAAGAUCUGGAUGACAACGUGAAGAAAAGAUUAAAGGACUCUAGCGAGAUUCCAGGAGCCUUGUGGCACAUUUACGUGAGCAAAGACGUUGAGAAAAUUAAAGAGUUUCUGCACAAGGUUGCUAAAGAGCAGGGGGUAGAAGUGCCACCAGAGCACGAUCCGAUUAGGGAGUCAGGCUGGUACCUGAGCCGCAAACUUCGGCAGAGACUACUGGAGGAACACGGCGUGCAGGGCUCCACCAUGGUGCAAUUCCUGGGAGACUCCGUCCUCAUUCCGGCCGGAGCGCUGCACCAGGUCCAAAACCUUCACAGCUGUGUCCAGGUGAUCAACGACUUUGUGUCCCCUGAACACGUGGCGCACUCGUUUCAUCUGACCCAGGAACUGCGGUCGUCCAAAGAGGAAAUCAACUACGAAGAUAAGCUACAGGUCAAGAACAUCUUCUACCACUGCGUGAAGGAUGCUGUCGGAACAUUAAAAAGGUGCUGUGCAGAGGUGAUGGAGGAAGAAGAGGAAAACUCAUGACACUUUCUCCCCCCGUACUGUCAGCGGAGCAGCACGCUUCUGCCCCCCCCACCCCCACCCCCACCCAUCCUUAUCAUUUAACCCCAAAAUAUGCACGCUCAUCCUAUCCUCACCAACCUCCAGUGCCAAGCAGACUUCAAAGAGAAACAAACAAACAAACGAAAAAAAAAAAAAAGGUAUUUAUUUGUUACUGACACCAUACCAGUAUAGUCCAAACCGCAUCAGGAAUACUGUGAUGACCCAAAACUACAUCUGAAGAUAAUCUGCAGUCGGCAACGCUGCUCUUUAAUUCGAGUCUGUUUUUUUUUGUUUUUUGUUUUGUUUCCUUUUUUUAUUUCUUUUUUUUUUUUUUUCCUUUUUGUCUGGCUUUUGUUUUUGUUUUGUUUUCUAUUCUUUCAUACUGUAUAUUGUUUCAGUGAAAUCUAUGUAUUUAUUUUUAGGAGUUCUAUGCUAUGUUAUAGAUCAAAUGUAAAUGUGACUUGUACAGUUUGCUAAAAGAAAAAAAAAAAGGAUUCUAAUAGCGUUCACUACAUUGAGACAGUUACUGUGAGAGAGGAUAUAGACACCAGCUAAUGCCUGUACUUUGGGAAUUGUUGCUGAAUUGCAGUCCUCAUGCCAUAUCUUUUGAAAAUUAACUGCCAAACUAUUGUAAACAUUGUAAAGUUAUAUUAUGUAAAGAAAGACUAAAUGAAUAACACACUUCAACAUUUUAAUAAGAACUAUUCACUGUAAAAUGGAGACAUUUACAAAAGUUGUAAUUUAUUUAAGAAAAUUGUCUUGUUUCUUUCUCCUUUUUUGUUAAAAUUUACUAUGGUGAACUUUUGAAGUUAAAUGAUAAAAAAAAAAUGAAAAACUUACUAUGCUGUGUAAAUAUAUACAUAUAUACAUUCACUGAGGUAUUUUUUUAGAACAUGGCUUGCUUCGAUUUCAAAUUUUAAAAGUGCAAGUGUUACAUGCUUUGUACAUUGAA